GUAAAUUAAUUCACACCACGAACGUUGACUGAAGAUUCGUUCUGCCAGAAUGAAAGUAAACAGAGUAAACAGAGUAUAAUUUAUGAUUAACGACGAAACAUAUAUUUGAAUUUAAACUUAUUGCGUGAUCAUAAAGCGUGAACACAGUUCUUGAAUAACCUUCCUCUAAUCGCAAGAAAAAUCUGUGCUGAAUUUACAAAAAAUAGCCAAUUAUUAUUCCCAAUUUUGAAAUAUGGUGAUCGAUUGGUCAGCGGUUGUGUUCGCUCUGGUUCGCUCUCUCGCUAUAAGAUUUCCAAAAACUGUAGCGUGCGCUCUAGACGGCAGGGGAACCGGAUUUAACUUGGAUGUAACCACCGCGGGAUCAUCCAAUUUCUAAAUUUCCUGCAAAGCGGAUUGGUUGACUACGUACGCUUCGAGUUCGGCUCACGGCUCAUCCACUCAUCCAUGGCUCACUGAUUGUGAGUUCAGCGAAAAUUGUUACUGUAAAAUUUUGCGGCGGCGGUAUCCGGUGAAGGAAAAUUUUGCGACUAGUAAAUUCGAACGUGCUGUGUUGAUUGAAUGAAACUCAAUAAAAUUUUGCUAAUUCAUUUCCACUGAAGGCGCGAUGACUGAAAAUUCCAAUCCUCAGUCAACUUUGGAGGAGCUCAUAAUAUUAAAAUCUGGUUUCCGACUACGUGUUUUGGUUUUAACCAACGAGGUACGGCUAAUGAAUGAAUCAUCUUUCAAAUAAAUAGAAUCGAAUGCGAAUAGUCAUUGUUGAUCAAAAAAUUCAACCCCAUUCUUCAGUCAACAUCAAUAUGUAAUUCGAUUUGAAUGGGUAUUGUCAUUGAGAUGAAGCAAAUCUCAAACACAAUAUGUCGCUUGUUUCAAUAUCGAAAUUGAUAUCAGUGAAUUACCGAAAAGUUUAUCCUAAACCAGUAACACAGCCAUCCCUAGCUGAGAUAUUUCAGUCCGAGCCAGUAAAGCGACUGCUAUGCCAACCGAACAUUGUAAUUGAACGAAUUCCAGAUGCCCGCUUAAGAACGCUUCCUACUUCACCAAAAAACGCUGUUCUAAUUCCAAGCAAGAAAAAAAAAGCUUCAAACGAGGAAACUCUGAGUAAAACGAUGCGUCCAGAUAUAUCAGUAAUGGCCGUAAUGUCGGAAUGUAACCAAGAGGAACCAGCUACAAUGUUGCCAUCAAAGCACAAAGGAAAAUCUGAAAUAGCCCUGACAGUUGUUAAACCGAAAAAAAAACAAUGUGAGCAUGAAGAACCUUGUGAAAAUAUAGUUUGCGAUGUUUCCAUACAACAACACAUUGACCAGAGCGGUGUUUUGCCUUUGCUAGCAGUAAAAAUUGAUAAUGAUGAGAUAAACGCUCCUGUUAAAAAGCACUGCGGUAAUCCUAUGUGCGAUACUCUAAGUAUAGAGCACAAUCGUUGUCGAAGAGCAUUGAUAAAACUGUCUCGUUGCGACGAAAAAAGCACAUGUGAUGUUUGCGGUAUCUUUUUAAAAACUCGUAGGUCAAGGUUGAGCCAUAAAAACUGCAAAAGAAAGGAUAUUUACACACAUAAUCUAACAAACGGCGCUCAAAUACUCAGAGAAAAAAUGCGGAAGAGAGAACUCGAAUUGUUACAGGUGGCAAAGACUAAGAAGAGGGAAUAUCUCGAUCCUGUUACAGAGUAUGAAAAAACCAUGGAGACGUUAAAAAACAACAAGGAACUUAUAGUUAUAGCAAAAAAUUCAUUUAAGCAACAGUCUGUACUUACUAUAACCAGAGAAUCGCACAAUGACCUACUCAGUUCGUUGCCACAACAACAGCAACAACAGUAUGAAGAUUUUGGGCAGGAAAUUUUUGGUAAAUUGUUACCAUCAAUUCCUAUUGUAUUACCUUCCCAGAGAACAAUUAUUGGAAAAAAAUUUAGUAUAGAGAGCAAUGAGAGCGAAACUGUCAAGCAGCCUGAAAUAGCAAAUGUUUAUUGUUCUGAAUUGCCUGUAACUUCGAUUCAGCAAAAUUCUAGGCAACAGCAGUUUAUCAAGGUAGCUUCUUCGAAACAGCUGAAUGUUAUUCAACCCGUCACCAUUAAUGAAUGGGUUCUCCCCCAAAGCCAAACAGUCGCAAGUCCUGAUAAUCAAAAUUCUGCAAGACCCUAUCUCACCCCUAUUAGAGUUGUUCCUAUAACAAGUUUAAAAUCAUCACCAUCUUCGCAUCACGAAAUUCAGGGCAUUCCCACUUUUUGCCUAGUUCCUCACAACCCGAAGAGAUCUGGUGUCCCUAUUCCUAGAAAUCCUAGUAUUCAUCCCAUUCCAAUAACUUCUGGUACAUCUCCAAAGCUAGCAAAUAAAGCUAACAGAAACGAGAAGUUGCCGCAUUCAGAGGUUCUGAAACCUAUGCCUAUGUCACACAGAAAAUAUCGGAGUCGGAUCAAAUGUGUGGAUAAAGUUAUUAAGAUAUUCAAAUGUCCGUAUUGUAUGAAAAGCUUUAGCACAGAAUGGUAUUUCAAGAUGCAUGUGGCUGGGCAUAAAGGGGAAAUGUUGGUUACUUGUAAAAUUUGUGAAAAACAAUUCAGCAAUAGAUACGAUUUAAAAAAACAUAUGCUCAAUGAUCACAAUGAUGGAGAAUGCAGGUGUGAAAUUUGCGGCCAAAUAUCAAUUUGCAAAUCAGCAUUAGAGAUUCAUGUAAGAUCCCAUACUGGUGAGAGACCUUUUCAUUGUAACGAGUGUGACACAGCGUACAGAUCAAGUACAGACCUAAAAACUCACAAGCGGAAAAGACACAAUUUUAUCGAGUGUCAUUACUGCCAUUCUCAGUUUCUUACAGAAAAUUAUAAAGAGCAUUUAUUGUCAGCUCAUCAUUUAACAGAAGAUGAAACAUCACAUGGGAUAAUACAGAUUAAAAAUCAAGUAAUUAACAAGGGGAAAGAUUUGUCAGACAAUCUGAAUAUUGAAACUAAUGUUUUUCAUAGUAACUUUGUCUGUAAGGAUCUAAAGUUGGGUAUAAAGAAAGAGUCAAUAGACGAGCUAGUGAUAAAAGUAGAUAUGAAGAGGGGGAGUGAGGGAAAAAAUACAGGUUUCAGUAAGAAAAAAAAACAUAUUGAACAUGAAAGUGGUGGUCUACUUGAAAGGCAUGACAAAAGUAAAGCUGCCAAUGUCAUUCAAAAUAAUUCGGUUGUUGUGAAACGGGUGACAAACAAUUCUAAAAAGGGUUCCAUAACUAUAAAACCUAGGACUCGAAGGAAAACAAGGCAUUCAAAGACUACAUAUCAAUGUACGAUUUGUAAAAAGAACUUCAACAGCUCUUCAAUGUUAGAAAAACAUCUUGCUACAAAACCUAAAGAAGCUAUGGAAUGUUGCAAAUGUAAAGUUCUGCUACAUAGUACGACUGACUUUAAAAAACACACCGAUGCUUGCAGCAAAAUUAUCCAAAGAAAAUCAAGAACAUCAGUCGUUUUGAAAGGACUAAUUUAAGAAUCAAAAACGCGUUAAACGAGCAUUCCGGUAUAAGAUCGAACCAACUUGGGAAAAAUUGAAAACAAAAUAAUUUUCAGAAAUUGCAGUUUUCGUAUGAACCUUAGAACUGUAGAAGUACAAUAUUUCAAUGAAGGCGUGAUCUAAAUAUCAACCAAUAAUUUAGAAUGAAUGUAUAAUGAGAAGAAAUCUUGAGAAUUGAUAACACUGUUCCGAUGACAUCAUUUUCCUGUUUUCCACUGGUAAAGUGUACAGAUAAAGUACUCAUUUUUUAAUUAGCUUCAAGUAAAAUUAUUUUAUCUUAUUUUUUCUGUUAUCGUAAUUUCUAUUUGUCACCAGGAUAUCAUUAGGAGGAUGAUUGCAAAGAUAAGAAAGAAAAAUCUAUCGCUAUUUAAUCCUUUGUUGAAUGAACUUUUUUUCUAUAGAAUCAAGAGAUUUUAUCUAAUGAUAAUUUUGUUCUUGUUAGUUGGAGUAAGCUCUUCAUACUGAAAUUCAUCACAGCAGCGGAGCUUUUUUUUUAUAAUGAGUAUCAUUGUUGAAGAUGAAAAGAAAUUAUGAUUGUCGAUAAAUUACUUCGGUGCAUCGGUAUAUCUCUGGUAAUAUCAUCUCACAUUUGCAACAACAGCAUCGUUAAAUUACAUAAUCUUGAAACUUCAAAAACCCAUUAGAUAAUAUUUUCAUAUUUUUAUAAAACAAACGUAAUAGUCAUGAUAACAUUGCUGUGGAAAGUUUUACCAAAAAAUAACCAAUUGGCAUCAAAAAUUGUGAAUAGAAUGUCAUAUGCUUACCUAGAACUAUCUUUACAUUCGAUUUCAACGUUACGUGCAGUUAUCUCAUGUAAAUCUCAUUUGUAGAAUAACUUUCAUUUGCAUUGCCUUGAUUUGUGGAAAUGGUUACAGUACCGGCUUCAUGAUGUUCUAAGCCUUUGCAUUGUAAUACAAAAAUAUUCGUGUUGAUCUUAUUCGUGGUCAAUGUGUACAAUUUUUAAUCUCAUUGUGGAAUAUAAAAUGAGCACCAAUAAAUAAAUAACGAGUACUGGCAUUACAACAAA